UCCUGUCCUCCUGUCUCAGGAUCCAGAGGGGAAACCGAAGAAGGCGAAUAUUCGAGAUAACCGCGAUGGAACGUACACGGUUUCCUACGUACCCGACAUGGCGGGCCGCUACACGAUCACCAUCAAGUACGGCGGAGAUGAGAUCCCGUAUUCUCCGUACCGAAUCCUCGCUCUGCCGACCGGAGACGCCUCUAAGUGCCUGGUCACAGUUUCCAUUGGAGGACACGGACUGGGAUCAGGUAUGGGCCCCACCAUCCAGAUCGGGGAGGAGACCGUCAUCACCGUGGAUGCUAAGCAUGCUGGGAAAGGUAAAGUCACGUGUAAGGUGUCGACCCCCGACGGCGCCGAGCUGGACGUGGACGUUGUGGAAAACGCAGACGGGACGUUCGAUAUCUACUACACAGCGCCGGAGCCCGGGAAGUACGUGAUCACCAUCCGGUUCGGAGGCGAGAACAUCCCAAACAGCCCCUUCCACGUGGUGGCGUGUGGCCCCGCCCCCCUAAUAGAGGAGCCCUGUGAUUCGCUGCAGUUCAGCCCCCCCUGG